AUGUCAUCAAUUGAUCAAUCAAACAAAAAAAGAAAAGUUUUGACUUGGGAUGAGAAAAAACAGCUUUGUGGAUCUCAUGAAAGGAAUCCAUCAUUCACAUAUAAGGAACUUGAUUGGAAAUUUGAAGUUGCAGAAAAUACAGUUUGUAACAUUUUGAAGGAUAAAGAUAAAUGGUUAUCCGUUAAUCCUGAUAAUUCCAACGAACAAAAAUAUAAAACUUCAAAAUAUCCCGAGCUUGAAAGCUUGUUCUACCAUCAAAACUGGACCUCUUCCUGGUACCAAAAAAAUCAAAAAAAAAGAAUAACCAUUUUAUUGACUAUGAAUGCAACUGGGACCGUUAAACCUUCACCUUUAUUUAUCCACAAGUAUCAAACACCAAGAGACAUGAAUCAGAAAAUGGUUAAAGAAAACAAAAAUAACUUACUACUGUUUGAUAAUGCACCAGUCCACAUUCUUGAUGAAAGAAUUCUUUUAACGAAUAUUACACUUCAUAAUCUUCCUCCUAAUACAAUUACUACUCACCUACAACCUGCUGAUUCAGGAGUCAUAAAUUCUUUUAAAGUAAAGUAUAAUAAAUGA